AUGCUGCAUCUUACUUCACUGUUAGCAUUCGUCUGCUUGAUUGCCUUCGUGCAAUGUAUUCGAUUUCUGCGGCCCCGGCGGCAAAAGGGGACGAAACAGUUGCCGGGACCUAAAGGAUUACCAUUCAUUGGCAGCGCCAACGAGCUGAAGAAGGGUCAAGACGGCUACUUCUGGUACAAAUUCACGGAAUGGGGCCGGAAAUAUGGACCUAUCUGCCAAUAUACAGCCUAUGGCAGAGUCAAUGUUGUGGUCUCGACCGAGAAAAUCGCCAACGAUCUGCUCAGAGAGCGCGGAGACAUUUACAGCUCACGCGAACAAAUGCCCAUGGGAUCCCAAUUGAUGAGUGACAACAAGAGAGCCUUACUUCUACCCUACGGCGAUGCGUGGCGCCGCGUCCGCAAGCUCCAGCAUCAUGUCACUCAAGUGAAGGCUGCCACAUCCUAUCAGCCUCUUCAGAUGAAAGAAUCAGCCCGCCUGGUGCACGAUCUCGUCCUGGAACCGAAACGAUACAAGACUCUCUUCCAGCGCUACGCUUCAGCCCUCAUCCUUCGGCUCACGUAUGGCACCAAGAUCGAGACCGGAGAGGAGGACAUCGUGCGGCUCGUUUACGAGAACCAAGUCAACUUUGAGCGAGUGGCCACCCCUGGUCGAUAUUUGGUGGACUUGCUGCCCAUCCUGAUGUGGUUGCCAUCGCCACUGGCGCCAUUCAAGCGGGAGGCGCUGGCACACCGUACUCGCGAAGUGUCACUGUUCCGCGGCCUUGUCGAAUCCGUGGAAAAGGACAUGGCCUCGGGCAAGGCAGGGCCGAGUUUCACUCGAAUGUGGCUCGAGAACAAGCAAAAGUUUGGUCUGUCUGACCUGCAGGGGAUCUACGUUCUCGGUGGCUUGUAUUCGGCCGCGGCUUCUACCACAGCAUCUCUCGCCAUGAGCUGGGUGUUGAUGAUGGUGCUCAAUCCAGAAUGGCUGGCAAGAUUGCAGCAAGAGCUGGACCAAGUCGUCGGCCCAGAUCGUCUGCCUGUAUUUGACGAUCUACCGCAACUCCCGCUUGUCAGGGCGGUGGUGAAAGAGGUGGCCAGGCUGCGACCGGUCACGGCAGGAGGAAUCCCCCAUAAGACUACGGAGGACGAUGUGUACAAUGGGUAUUUCAUCCCCAAGGGCAGCUUGAUCCACCCCAAUCUAUGGGCUAUCCAUCGAGAUCCUGAGCUUUACCCUGAGCCUGAAUCCUUCAGCCCGGAUCGAUGGCUGUCGCCAAAGUACCCAACCUACCGCGAGCCUCUCACUCAUUACCCCAACAUGAACAACUAUUCUGUCUUUGGGUUUGGACGACGACUGUGCCCUGGAGCACAUAUCGCCGAAAGAAGUUUGAAUAUUAUUGUUGCGCGAGUUGCCUGGGCAUGCAACAUUCGAAAGGCAGUUGACGCGGCCACUGGCAAGGAGAUCACUCCUCCAGAAUACGACUACGUCAGAGCUCUCAAUACAGAGCCACAUACGUUCCCAUUUGACUUGAAAUGUCGCUCGCCAGAGCGCUGGGCGAUUUUGGACAAGGAAGCCCAAGAAUCAGCGGCGGAUUUGAGAAGCCAGACAUGA